GACUCUUAGGCCCAAAUAUUUUGAGCUGAGCGCAGCACAAGAAUUGUAAAAUCGUACGUAUAUCGUCGUUCGGAAAGCAACCAGAAGACACAACCCUGGAAAAUGCCUCAAGAAGACCCGAAACCACCGGUGAAGAAAGAGGAAAUUGAAGACGACGACGACGAGGAGAGCAUCGCCUCCUCUUUUGCGAAGCACGUCAAGAAAUCACCCAGCAACAACAAUGCCGCCGCAAAGUCGCAGACCAGAGUCAAGAAGGAAGUGAGCAAGGUGAAGGAAGAGGAAGCUGAUGAAGAUUUUGAAGAACCCACCUCUAAGAAGGCCUCCAGAAAGUCUGAUAAUAAGGGGCAGAAUAAGAAGAAGAAGAAGAAGAAAGAAGAAGUGGCCGAGCAAAUGAAGAAGAGAGGAGGAAAAGCCGGUGAGAGUAAGGAUGUCAAAAAAAGAGAAAGAAAAGUGUUUGAUUUGCCAGGUCAAAAGAGGGACCCUCCUGAGGAAAGGGACCCGUUGAGGAUUUUCUACGAGACCCUGUACAAGCAAGUGCCAGCUAGUGAGAUGGCAGCAAUAUGGAUGAUGGAGUCCGGUUUGCUCCCAACAGAGGAGGCAAAGAAAAUUUUCGACAGAAAACAGAAGAAGGCACAGCAGCAAAAGCUCAGUUCACCAAUGAAAACUGUUGUUAAUGUCAAGAAGAAGGCUGGAUCCAUUACCAUUGAAAAGAAAUCAGCAACUUCUCCGGUUUCUACGCAGAAAAAGAAGACACCAGACUCCAAACUAGCCACCAAUCAGUCGAAGAAACGAAAGAGCGACGCUGGAUCUUCUGAAGAUGAUGACUUUGUUCUGGAUCCAAAAAGAUCAAAGAAACAGAGAGCAUCGUAGAUACGUUCCUAACACAGUUGCUAGUUUGCCAUCUUUCCCAUCUUCUCAGGUCUGCUGUACUGAAACUUUAAUUGUCUAACAACCAAAUGAACUAGUGUAGAGCUGAAAUGUUUUGUAGAGGACUAUAAUCUCCCCAAAGAUCUUUUGUAGAUGAUCUUUUAUCUUUUUUGUUUUUUCAUUUUCCUUUUCUGUUAUCUUUGGUGAAUUUCCCAAUCGUUGUACAAAUAUAUGAAGGUUGCAAUUUUGUAUUUCA